AUGGCAUUGCCUAUGGACGAUGCCGACAACUUGCAUUCUCAACUUUUUGGCUCCAGUUUGGUAACAGACAGCAAAGGUAAUUAUGCAUUUCCUUGCGACGCAGACGCCAAUAUUACUAUCAGCCUCGAUGGCCAGAAAUUUUCAAUUUCAGUAAGUGACUUCAAAGGAGACGAAUAUGGGUCCCAACUAGAAGGUUAUUGCGCAUCCAAGAUACAGGGUCUCGACGAUAACAACUAUUGGAUUUUGGGAUCUAUCUUUCUCCGUCGUUACUAUGCUAUAUUUGAUAUCCAGCAGCAUAAAAUUGGACUUGGCGUGAAUAAUUUGCUGCUGUACAAGUUGAAAGAGGUAAAGCCAACCUCAAUCACUUCAAGCAGUUUGUCCUCUUCCACCAUAGUGCAUGGCAACUCUUCAAGCUCUCAAUCUACAAAGCACUCUAAAACGAGCCUGGCUAAUAGUUCAGGACUGAUCGCUGGUCUUUCGUACGCUUUAUUGUGCAUGUUUGCGUACAUAAUAUAA